UCACAAUAUUGCAGUUUCAAUUUGAUUAGAGUGAAAGAGUGAACAUAUUGGUUUCUGCUUGAAGCAGAAAAAUUCCUAAAUUUCAAUAACAAAUUGCGUAUUACACACAAUAUCUCCUUCAUCCAAUUAGUUUGCAACAAUGGAUUCACCGAAUACAUCGUCGCCGUUUAGUGGAAACAGUUCAACCGAACCAAACGAGUCUCAGAAGAAUUUGGAGCUCACAAAGAACAAAGUCGAUGAAGUAGUUGACAUAAUGCGACAAAAUGUUCAAAAAAUCGUCGAUCGCGGUGAAAACUUAGCGGAAGUUGAUAAUCGAACUGAAGCGUUAAGAAACAGUGCUAUGCAGUUCCAGAGUCAUUCUCAGAAAUUACAACAAAAGCAAUGGUGGGCCAAUACGAAAAUGAAAAUUGCAUUGGGUGUCGUUGGAGUAAUUCUGAUUAUAAUUAUCAUUGUUUGGAUUGCUUCUUAGCUAUCAACAGUACCGCAAUUCAAAAGAUCCUAUUUGCUGAUGGUCAGAAUACGUUAAAAAUACAAACACUGUGUGCAAUGUAAUUCUCGAGGGGGUGACAGCUAAAUUGUUUUCUUCCAAUUAUGUUUGUCACCUCCUCGAUAAAUAUUGGAAAAAUGAAUAAAUUUAAGACUUGCUUCUGCACUGUGA